AGAGUUGAGCCAACUUUGAAGGUUAAAACCGGUCGUGUGCUGCCUGACUCCCCUCAGAGUCGCGCGGUCUUCUGUCCCAAGAGGACAUCACUUCGUUUCGACUGUUCAAUGAGAUGCAGACAGCUGGAAAACUCAUGAAAGUGUUCGUGACGAGGCGCAUCCCGCCGGAGGGGAUGAAGAUCCUGUCAGCGGGGGGAGUAUGUGAGGUGUCCCUGUGGGACUCGGAUGAACCUGUGCAGAGGGCAGACCUUCUCAAAGGUGUGCAGGGGGCUCAUGGUCUUCUGUGUCUGCUGUCAGAUCGGAUCGAUGCAGAGGUUCUGGAUGCCGCAGGGCCAAACCUGAAAGUGAUCAGCACCCUGUCCGUGGGAUUUGACCACAUGGCACUUGACGAAAUAAAAAAACGUGGUAUACGUGUUGGAUACACUCCAGAUGUCCUGACUGACGCCACAGCCGAACUGACCGUAGCUCUACUGCUGUCCACCGCUCGCAGAUUACCAGAAGGAGUGGAGGAGGUUAAAAAUGGAGGCUGGAGCUCGUGGAAGCCUCUCUGGCUGUGUGGUUAUGGUCUGUCUCACAGCACAGUAGGAGUCAUUGGCUUGGGACGCAUUGGCAUGGCCAUUGCUCGGAGACUUAUGCCGUUUGGAGUGAACAGGCUGCUUUACUCUGGGAGAACAGCCAAAGCCUACGCUGCCGAGGUAAACGCAGAGUUUGUUCCCCUGGACACACUCCUGUCUGAGAGCGACUUCAUAGUGGUUUCCUGCUCCAUGACACCAGAAACCAAGGGGCUGUGUGACAAGGCCUUCUUCAGCAAGAUGAAAAAAACAGCAGUCUUCGUCAACUCAAGCAGGGGAACUGUGGUGAACCAGGAGGAUCUGUACGAGGCUUUGAAAAGUGGACAGAUAGCUGCAGCUGGACUCGAUGUCACAACACCUGAGCCACUCCCAACAAACCACCCUCUUCUGACAUUAAAAAACUGUGUGGUGUUGCCACAUAUCGGCAGUGCCACCCACUCCACGAGAGGCAUCAUGGGAGCGUUGUCAGCACAAAACCUGCUGGCAGGUUUACAGGGCACAGACAUGCCGAGUGAACUCACCUUCUAGCCCCUGAGACUGACGGGCUGGGCCGACUGCCUCCGAGCCUCUGGUGCUGCAAUAACUGAUGAAAGUAAUGUGCUGGUCUCGUCUUGAGCUCCUUGUGAGAUCAACAUGAUGGGAUGUAUACUGAUACUAAUGUAGUUUAGAUAAUGCCUGAAUACAUGAUUUCAUCACAUCAGUGUUAACUUUCCUCCGAUCACAUGUGCUGAGUUGUAGGUGCGUUGCUGAGUAAGGAAAUGCUCAGUGGAAGGUUUUGUUAUCUCAGACAUUUAUAUGCAGGUUCUCAAAGAAAGCUAAUGAAUGAACUAGCAGCACUCCUUAAUAUAAGCUUUUAUCAGAACACACUAUACAUGGUCAUAAGUGCUGUUACAAUGUACAAAUAUGUUCUAAUUUGCAUAUAAAUGUCUCCUUCAAAAUAAAACUAAAUGUUCUGCUCGCUGUAACGAUUAGAUUUAUAUCUCUUGGUCUGCACUUUAUUCUGAUGUUAAUGCUGCUACAAAACAGGACAGCACUCCAGUUAUGUGUAAAAUGUGAUUUCUCUGAAUAAUAAACAGUUACGGCCUA